CAGUGACGUCGACGUCGCUUACGCACGAUCCAGCGGCUGACGCAGGGUCGACGUCUCCGUCUAUGGCAGAGACGCCUCCUCGAAACAACAGUCGUCUAGUGACGACGUGUUUCUCUUCACAUUCUGGUAUGAAACCACGUCCAGAGCUCAGCCUUCGUGUUUUGUGACUGCUCGCACCUCAGCUAAGAUUCGGCGUCGUUCAUUUGGGAGUUUCCGCUGAAGAGCAGCUGCUGGGAUGCCAAAGAAGUUCCAGGGCGAGAACUCCAAGGCGGCCACAGCCAGAGCCCGAAAGGCCGAGGCCAAAGCGGUGGCAGACGCCCGCAAGAAGCAAGAGGAGGAGGACUCCCUGUGGCAGGAAACUGACAAACAUGUGCUCAAGAAAGAGCAGAGAAAGGAUGACAAGGAGAAGAAGAGGCUGGAACUCCUGGAGAGGAAAAAAGAAAACCAGCGACUUCUGGAUGAAGAGUUCUCCAUGAUUAAAGGCAAAUCAAAGGAUGCUGCAGGUGGAGGAAAAGUGACCCGGGCCCAGAUCGAGGAGACGCUUCAGAAUGAUCAGCAGCAAGAGGAGCUCAAACCGAAAGAAAAGAGCCACCUGGAGACUCCACUGGAGGAGAACGUGAACAAAAUUAUCCCUGAUGAAGGAACAGUGGAAGCCAGAACAAUAGAAGAUGCCAUAGCUGUGCUGAGCACGGGACCUGAGGACCUGGACCGCCACCCGGAGCGGAGGAUGAAAGCAGCGUUUCUUGCCUAUGAGGAGGCGAACAUGCCUCGCCUAAAAAAGGAGAGCCCCAACAUGAGAUUGUCUCAGCUGAAGCAACAGUUGAAGAAGGAGUGGAUGAAGUCGCCAGAGAACCCCUUGAACCAGCGCUUUUCAACAUACAACCUAAAGUGAUAACACUCCUUCUAUCGUGACGCCAUUUGAAAACUGUGCACUGUGGAGACUUUAAUUGGAAAAUUAAAUAAUUUCAUCAAAAAAUUAACUUCGCCACUAUCUGCUGAGAAACAAUAUCUCCAGUACCAGAGGACACUCGCCUCCAAGGAGAAGCUCACCCCUCCACCCAUCAGCGUCACAACUAGUUAUCAUGUCUGUGCACGUGGCCUCUAAUUUUGAAUAUGCGCAUCUAAUAAAUUGAAUUACAUCUCUUUUUUAGCACUUCUGGGAAGGUGGGGAAUUAGAUGUUUUGAGAGUAACUUAUUAAAGUUCACCACUCGACCGUCA